GCUUGAGUUGGCUGCCUUGGGAACAAGAACUAAGUUGGUGGAAACGGCCACUGGUCUUUGCGGGUUCGAGAUUAACCGAUCUGUUCCUAAGAAACACGAUAGCUUUCCCUCCACUGGCGUACUCCUGCAAGACCUGGAAGUAGAGGUGGAUAGUCAACAGGACAGCAAUCGGAAGGAUCAGAGCGGAGUGGCCCAUCUUUGUCAUCUAGGGGAAGUCGGUCCCCAGGUAGUGACACAGACCAGGUCACAGGAACAGGGCAGCAAUCUGAAGGAUCAGAGCGGAGUGGCCCGACGAGAAGAGGCGGGACCAGAUGAUCCAGAGAGAUUGGCGUCUGCCUUGAUGGUUCAGAAAGACUUUUCCUUUGAGGCUCUGCGUCGGUUAGUGGAGGCCAUCCCCCUGAAAAGCACCAAGAAACAUAGAGACUCUCAAGGUGGUAGAGGGUGUAAGAUUCAAGGGAUGGUAGCCGGUGUGUGGGCUCAUGGGUCCCAGUAUGGGAUUGCGAAGACAGCUAGCAAAUGGCCGAAGAGCAUUGAGUACAUAAAUCGCUUCAUGAAACUUCACGGGGGAAAUCAGUGGUCAUCGUUUCUGCUGGCGAAAAACGUCAAGACCCGGACGCACAAGGAUAAUCAUAACGCUUCUGGAUCAGUCGUCAGAACGGUCACUUUCGGAGACUUUCAGGGAGGUGAGCUGUGGGUCGCUGCGAGUGAGGAUCAGUUUCGAAACGACAAGUCCCAGAUUCAUUGGAGAAAAGAUCGACAUGGGGUAAGACGGCCUGGAGUUCUUGUGGACACCCGGGAAAAGCCGUAUGAUCUUGACCCGAAAAUAGAUCAUGCCACCCAACACUGGAAAGGGGGAAGAUGGUGUCUCUCCAUCUAUACUUCCAGAGGCGCAGAGCACAUCGAUGAGGAGGAUCGCAAUCAGUUGAAGAAGCUUGGUUUCCCAAGCAAGGGAGUGUCAGCAGCCAGGAGGAAGAACGAGUACGCCAGCGCCAUUGCCGCCAGGACGAAGGUCACCGAGGCCGCGUUGAUGGCUCACGACCUCAACCGUCUGAAGGCGAUCUGGGAUGUGGUGAAGCCGAAGAAGAGGGUCUCCCUGCUUCCAUCGAAUUGGAAGAAGAAGGACCUGGAAGGUCUGAAGGAGAUCUACAGUGGAACUGUAGUCCCACACAUGGAGUUGCCGGACGACAAGCAUUGGAGCAGAUGGGGGAAGGCCAAGCUGAUACUGGAAAUUUCGACGUGGGAAGAUCAGGUCAAAGAGUCGGCAGACCCGCUGUUGGACUACAGCGACUUGUUCGAGGAAUAUCCUCUAUGCGAAAGCUGUGGAAUUCCUCUCACGAUCCGAUGCAAUCGCCUGACUCACGAAGAAUUCUUCGGAUGUCUGAGGUUUCCUCUGUGCCGAACCACAUUGCCACUAAAUUACAAUGGGCGUCCGACUGGAAAAGUUCAGAAGGAGCUGAUCGCCAAGAAGGAGGCAAGCCACAUGACCUCCGAGAAGGGCAAGGGGAAAGAAGAGUAUCCGCUCUUUCGCCCCCGGGGACGGGCGGCAUGCCACGAGAUCUCCUCCAGCGACGAAGCCAAAUUCAAUGUGAACUUGACCAAGGAGGAGAUGGACGAGAUCAUGAUGCGCCGAAAGGGCAAAGGAGAUGGCAAGAAGGACCUGAAGCAGGAGGCCGGCGCGGAGGUCAAGAAGUGA